AGACAAGUGACUGGGAAGAAUUCCAAGAAUUAAAUCAAAGUGAAUUAAGCUGAUCCAGGGCAAUAUAUAUAUAUAUAUAGAUAUAUUAAAAUGUGUGAGGUACAAAGGCUAUUGGAUGAAUUGGGACAGACAUUUAACAAGUUCAAGGAAAUGCGUCGCAUUGAAAUGCUAAAGGCAUUUAAUAAUGUGCGAUGCUGUGAAUGUGGUCACAAGUUGCGACUUCGUAAUGCCCAAGAAACGGCAACGAGAAGAAAACAAUUCACCACAAAUAGACUUAUUAUUGUCUGCUCAAUAUUACUGCUGCUUAUCACCAUAUUCUUUAUCCAUUUGGCCAGGCAAUAUAAUCAUGUUACGGCUUAUGGAAGCGGCGGUUGUAUCUCAACAAUAUUUUAUGCCUCCAACGAUUGUGAAGUGCAUGCUUAGCGAUUAUCCAUCUCAUUUUUAACGAAUAUACAAUUAUGUGUUUUAUAAAAAUAAAUUUCUCAGUAGCGUACU